CCGCGCAAAAUACUUCCUUCGUGCAAACCACCCUGUUGCCAUCCGUCUGACGAUCGACAGGCAGCAGCUCACACAACUCGGUUCAUUCAUAGCGGACAUCGGAUCUAGUACCCGUCCGUCCCGUCGUCAGCUGUUUGUUGCCUUUGCUGCCGCCCAACUCCAACCCCCCAACCGCGGGGUCCGGCACAGCUCGCUCCCCCGCCUUUCAUCGUCACCUCCCUCAUCUAUCUUUCUGAGCCUGGCUGAGUGACUGGCUCGACUUCGUCCCAACCUGCUUCAUUCUCCCCCCAACACAUCCAUCGUGUGAUACCUUUCUCCUCCCCCUGUCCGUGGAUGAUGAACAAUAGAAACAUCACCAACGAUAGCAACCUCCACGUGCACGUGGAGGAGGCUCCCCCGCCGCCGUACUCAGAGACGGACAUAUACUCCAACUCGGGCGGCGGGCCUCGCACCCCGACCGUCGCCGCCAAUACCGACGACGGCGCAUCGCGCAUCUCCUCGUCAGCCUCGACGGGCGAAGCCGUCCUCACGCCGCCAGACACCCCGCGCACCGCCUCCAACAACUCGCAACAACCGCACCCGCAGCCUUCCCAGCAGCACCAGCAGCACCAGCAGCAGCCCGGCGCCGCCCUGUACUUUGAGUCGCGGCCGCCGACGCUCCCCGCCGCCGCCGCCGCAGAGACGUUCAUCCACACCGUGAGCGUCAACGGCUCCUCAACGCCCGACGAUGUGCCCUAUCGCCCCGAGUGGGCGGCGGCCCGUGACGUGACCGCCCAGGACUGGGCCACCUUUGUCAACUUCCUGCUGCCGGACCACACCACCCGCGGCAACGAGGCCGUCAUCGACCGCAAGCUCAGGGCCGAGGGCCACAGCGACACCACCUCGUCCCACGCCGAGGCGCAGCUCGGCCACGUCCGCGAGGCGGGCCCCGAGGCGGUCCGCCGCAGGAGAGAGGACGCCGAAGCUACGGUCCAGCAGUGGAACGAUGGCUUCUUUGGGCCCCGUGGCAUCAACGUUCAGCUCGCCAGGCUAGACGAUCACGACGACGAAGCAGCGCCGAUGCCCGGGUCGUGGGACGCGGCGUUCGACGCGGGCUCGGCGGAGCAGCAGUGGCAGAGAGCCCAGCAGCAACGGGAGAGGGCCCAGCAGCAAGUCGAACAGGCCCGUCAGCAACGGGAACAGGCUCAGCAGCAACGCCAGCAGCAGCAGCAGCAGAGCGGUCGUGCCCGGACCUGGGGAGGUUUCAACAUUGACGGCGAUCGCGUCAGCUUCGGAGACAGGUUUGUCGCAGACUCCAACGGACUGCGCAUCGGCAGCCUCGUCAUGGACUCAAACGGCAUCCGCAUGGGCGCUGGCACCGGCGAUGGGGCCGGGCAGUCGGGGACCAGAGGUGUCGGACCGCAGCCGCAACCGGCCACGGGCUCCUUUGCCGGGCCCAGUCGGCACGGGUUCGGAAGCCAUCACCUCCACCACGGCCGUCACGACUAUCACGGCUACGGCGAUCGCCACCGUCGCGGCGGCCACGAGAUGGGCUGGGGCUGGGCCAGCCACAAUCUUCACGGCGGGCCACACGGUCCUCCUGAACAUCACGACGAAAGGGGUCGACACUCGGACCUCAAGGGCCGCCACCAUCGCUCCGAGUCGGCCGAUUCGCAUUCUUCGAGCUCGUCGUCGUCUUCUUCCAGCUCCGAGUCGUCCAUCGGGUCGCUCCCCGACUACGACGACGUCAAGGACCAGCAGAUGCCCCUGUACCUCGCCCGCCUACAAGACUGGACGGCGAACCCCGACCAGAUGCGCAGCAAGGGCGACGUCAAGCAGCUCAAGGCCGAGCUCAAGGAGGCCAAGGCCGCGCCCGUGGACCCCACCAUGGACAAGCAGGCCCUCCGCGCGCAGAUCAAGGCGCUGACGCAGGCCUGGAGGCAGCUCAAGAAGCAUCAGAGGACCGUACGCAAGGCCACGAGGCGGGAGCGCAAGCAGCGGCGCAGGGCGGAGAAGAGGGAGCGGCGACAGCACAGGCGGGACAUGAGACGGUCGCGCCGGGACGUCAGAAAAGGCCGUUCGGCCCCUGCACCUCCGGGGAUGCCGGCUAUGCCCUCUAUGCCGGCUAUGCCCGCCAUGCCCGUCAUGGCUGCACCCCCAGCGCCGCCCGCACCUCCGGCCCCUGCCGUUCCGGCACCCCCGGCGCCUCCCGCACCGCAUGGCUGGCACGGUGGGUGCGGCUCUCGGGGCGGUCACGGGCCUUUCCCGGGUCCGUCUACAAACAUGUUCGGGCCAUCGGGACCGUUCGGCUCUCGCGCCGCCGCGUUCCGGCCGGGCGGGCUCUUCGGCCCCGGCGGCGGUGGUAACCACUGCGGCUGGAACGGAAGAGGCUCUAGCCGCGGUGGACUGUUCGGGUUACGGGGGGGAUGGGGCGGUCCCGGCGCUCCGUGGGGAGCAAACCCCCGGUCCGCGCCGGGCGCCUGGCCCGACGACGAGAAGCAGGAAGACCCCGACGACAACGCAGCCACGGCCGAGGGACAGGGCCAAACCCGCGGCCAGCAAGAGACCGGCGUGGCCACGCCGCCGCCGCCCCCCAGCGCCGCCGCCGCGGCGCAGUACCGCACGGCGGACGAGCUCGAGGCGGAGAUGCGUCGCAAGGCCAAGGCGGCCAUGGGCCUCGAGGACGGGGCCGCCGAGAAGCGCGCCGUGGAGAAGGAGCUCGAGGCCCUCGCGGAGAAGCUGGAGAUGGUGCGCCUGCAGGCGGACGAGGCGUACGCGAGGGAGCUGGCGGCGCAGUACGGGCAGUGAGAAAGAAAGGGAUGACGGUUUUGUCUCUUGUCUGCCUCCCCAGCCGCCGCUCUCUCUAUCAUUCUACUUUACCUUUCGAACCAUGGGGUUAUUAUUCACAUGUAUCAAUGCCCAAUGUUCCUGUGUAUCUAUCGUCUCGCUCCUGUUUCAAUGUGGCGUCUUAGGGGGUGGGAAAGGCAUGUAAGAGCAAACUUCGGCGUGCGUCUUAUGUUUUCAGCAACGUUGGAUAAAGCGUGACGAUGUAUGUGGGACAAUGACAUGAAAAAAUCUCCCA